CAAACUCUUCCUCUCCCCUUGAACCCUAACGCACGCGACAACCCUAUAACUCACGGCGUCACCCCCACUUCUCACCUAACGGACGACAACCCCCACUUCUCACCUAACCGGCGGCAACCCUCUUCUCACCUAAGCGGCGGCUACAAACCCUAAUAUGAGAAUGAACCGUUCGACAAAUAGAGGUUUUACGCGUAAGAAAUUUAUGUCAUGGUAUGGAAUGAUGGUCCAGCAUAUGUUACCAUAUCAUAUUGAGACGGGUAAAGUUGAUGACCAAUAUUUUGAGGAACUGUGGUUGGAAACCAAGAGGGUGUGGAAAAUUACGGACGAUCACGCGAAAGACUUUAUGAGAAAGAAAGCCGUGAAACUUGGCACAAAUUUUAGAAGUAGGCUUGCAACCAAAUAUGUAUAUAAAGGUUUGAACGCUUGUCACAAAUAUACAUUUCUGGACCCGGAUAAGUGGGAAGCCUUCGUUUUGGAACGAACAAGCGCCAAAGCAAAAGAUUGGUCAAGCAAAGAGAUGGCAAGCAAGUCAACUAGUGCCACAAGAAUGGCCUCGAGUGCUGGAUCACCAAGUUGUACCGGCGCCUCGCUACAAAUCCGCGCUGAUGAUACCGCGAUGACGCCAUAUAAUCUUUCACAGGCUGAGGUAGUCGACCAAUAUCUAGAACUCCAAACUCAAGAUGUCAUGACGCAACCUGAAGAAGUUCAAGGCUCUUUAAUGAACAUGGCGGUUUCUACGGAGUUGGAUGCAUGGUUUGAAGUGAUCGGUUGA